CUCACAAUUAAUGAUCCUGACAAACAAGUGGCACAAACAUAAGCCACCAAUGAGGGCAUCAACAAUAUUUGACAGACUCUAUGUUCGCAUGUCUUAGAGAACAUCUUUGAUAUAUAUGUGUUUUUUCAAGAACUUAACAUAACAAAAUCUCAAAAGGUGCUUGAAAAGGGUGGUGUGUGUAGCCAUAAUGGGGAAAAAAGGUGGAAUGUUUUAUUAUGCAGAUGGAAUAGAUAAGCUUCUUUUGUUAUUUGGGACAAUAGGUUCCAUUGGGGAUGGAUUGAUGUCUCCUCUUACUAUGGUGAUCCUUAGUGAUGUGAUUGAUGAGUAUGGAACUGGUGGCGUUUCUAUCUCCAAUGACGUGGUGGACAAGUAUGCGCUCAAGUUGCUCAUUCUUGCAAUAGGAAUCGCUAUAUCGGCUUUCGUUGAGGGGAUUUGUUGGACAAGAACAGCAGAAAGACAAACGUCACGUUUGAGGAUGGAAUAUUUGAAAUCUGUAUUGAGGCAAGAAGUCAGCUUUUUUGACACACAAGUUGGAUCUUCCACCAACUUUGAAGUUAUCACAGCCAUUUCUGGUGAUGCUCAAUUGAUUCAGGAUGUCAUGGCUAAUAAGAUACCCAACUGUCUAGCUCACUUAUCGGCACUCUUCUUUAGUAUCGUGGUUGCCUUCACACUUUCAUGGCGACUAGCCAUAGCUUCGCUUCCAUUCGCGCUUUUCUUUGUUGUUCCUGUUUUAGGCAUUGGGGUGUUACUAAAAAAACUAGGGAUGAAGAUGCAAGGUGCAUAUAAUACAGGCGGUGGGGUUGCAGAACAAGCAAUAUCAUCAAUUCGAACUAUUUAUUCUUAUGUAGGGGAACAACAAACGAUUGAUAAAUUUAGCAAUGCGCUUCAAACAAGUAUGGAAUUAGGGAUAAAACAAGGAUUUACAAAGGGUUUGAUGAUUGGAAGCAUGGGUAUGAUUUUUGUUGCUUGGGCGUUUGUUGCUUGGGUUGGAAGUUAUCUUGUUACUGAGAAAGGAGAAAGUGGUGGACGUGUGUUUGUUACAGCAAUUUGUGUUAUCAUGGCGGGACUGUCGGCAAUGAGUGCAUUACCCAAUGUCCCAUUCAUUUCAGAUGCAACAACUGCUACUACAAAAAUGUUUGAAAUGAUCUCAAGAAUUCCUCGAAUAGAUUCUGAAAACCAUAAAGGAAAAACAUUUCCAUUUGUAAGUGGGCACAUUGAAUUUAGGAAUGUGGAAUUCUCAUACCCAUCUAGACCAGAUUCUCCAAUUCUUCAAGGACUUAACCUAAAAGUAAAGGCUGGAAAGACAAUAGGUCUUGUAGGAGGCAGUGGUUCAGGAAAGUCAACAAUUAUCUCUUUGCUUGAAAGAUUUUAUGAUCCAAUAAAAGGAGACAUUCUUCUUGAUGGACAUAGAAUCAAGGGUCUUCAACUUAAAUGGUUAAGAUCUCAAAUGGGGUUGGUUAAUCAAGAACCAGUACUCUUUGCAACAUCGAUCAAAGAAAACAUACUUUUUGGGAAAGAAGGGGUUUCAAAAGACGUUGUUGAAGUUGCAGCUAAAGCAGCAAAUGCGCAUAAUUUCAUUGUAAACUUACCUAAUGGUUAUGAAACGCAAGUGGGACAGUUUGGGAUUCAAUUAUCCGGUGGGCAAAAGCAAAGAAUCGCCAUAGCUAGGGCUUUAUUGAAAGAACCGAAAAUUCUUCUAUUAGAUGAAGCAACAAGUGCAUUGGAUACAGAAUCUGAAAGAGUUGUUCAGGAAGCUUUAGAUCAAGCUUCAAUAGGAAGAACAACAAUUAUUAUCGCACAUCGAUUGACAACAAUCCGUAAAGCAGAUAAGAUUGUGGUUCUUCAAUCGGGUAAAGUCAUUGAGUCGGGUUCACAUGAUGAGUUAAUGCAGAAGAACAAUGAAGAAGAAGGUGGAGCAUACUACCAAAUGGUUCAAUUGCAGCAAUCAGCAACACAAAAUGAAACCCUAGAUUAUACUUCUUAUACGCCGAUAUCACAAAGAAACUUAAACCACCAACACCAAACACCCACGACUCCUGUAAGUGGAAGAUCAAGCUUUCAAAACAGUCCAAUGUCCCCCAUUAGCCCAACAUUAAGCAUGGCACAUUCUGUUCAAAUGUAUUCUUAUCAAGAAAGCGAUGAUGAAUACUUAAUCGAAACACCUGAAUCUAGUCCUUCACAAUGGCGUCUUUUACAGAUGAAUGCUCCUGAAUGGAAGAAUGCCUUGCUUGGAUGCUUAGGAGCUUCUGGUUUCGGAGCUAUAUCACCAAUUCAUGCUUAUUUCUUGGGAUCAGUUGUGUCUGUAUACUUUUUACCCGACAAGGCAAAAGUUAAAUCAGAAACAGGAUUUUAUUGUAUCAUCUUUGUAUGUCUUGGAAUUGGUUGCUUCUUCACGAAUCUCCUCCAACAUUAUAAUUUUGCAGUUAUGGGGGAGCGAUUAACGAAGAGGGUAAGAGAGAAAAUGCUUGAAAAUAUACUUACUUUCGAAGUUGGGUGGUUUGAUCGAGAAGAAAACACAAGUGCAGCAGUUUGUGCGAGGCUAGCAACCGAAGCUAGCUUGAUAAAGUCUCUCGUUGGAGAUCGCAUGUCGUUGCUUCUUCAAGUUUUUGUCAGCGCAUUUCUUUCUUUUCUUCUUGCAUUGAUAAUCACUUGGAGAGUUUCAAUUGUUAUGAUUGCAGUCCAGCCAUUGUUAAUCGCUAGCUUCUAUUCCAAGAUUGUUCUGAUGAAAAACCUAUCUGCAAAAGCUAAAAAGGCACAAAACGAAGGAACCCAAUUAGCGAGUGAAGCAGUGGUGAAUCACAGAACAAUCACCGCAUUUGCUUCUCAAGGACGAAUCAUGAGAUUAUAUGAAGAAACCCUAAAAGGUCCUCGAAAGCAGAACAUUAAACAAUCAUGGUUUUCGGGUCUAGGAUUAUUCAGUUCCCAAUUUGUGACAACAGCGGCGAUUUCUUUAGCAUUUUGGUGGGGAGGAAGAGAAAUGAAUAAAGGAUUGGUAACUGCAAAAGAAAUGUUUCAAGUUUUCUUCAUAUUGAUGACCACCGGGAAGAACAUCGCUGACGCCGGAAGCAUGAGUUCUGAUUUAUCAAAAGGUGGUGGGGCAGUUAGAUCGGUGUUAUCAAUUCUAGAUAGAAAAAGUGAAAUCAACCCAAAUGAUAGCGAAGGGUUAGCGAUUAAGAGAAUCAAUGGUGAUAUAGAGCUAAAAAACGUAUACUUUUCUUACCCAUCAAGGCCUGAACAAAUGAUCUUGCAGGGUUUGUCUUUAAGAAUCGAAGUUGGAAAAACAGUCGCACUUGUGGGACAAAGUGGUUCUGGAAGUAUUCGAUAUAACAUUGUAUAUGGUAAAGAGGAAGCAAGUGAAGCUGAAAUAAGGAAAGCAGCAAAGCUUGCAAAUGCUCAUGAAUUCAUAAGUUCUAUGAAAGAUGGAUAUGAAACUUAUUGUGGGGAAAGGGGAGUUCAACUGUCAGGAGGACAGAAGCAAAGAAUUGCACUUGCAAGAGCGAUACUUAAGAAUCCAGCUAUUCUUCUUCUAGAUGAGGCUACAAGUGCACUUGAUAGUGUGUCGGAGAAUCUUGUACAAGAAGCAUUGGAGAAGAUGAUGGUUGGUAGGACUUGUGUGGUAAUUGCUCAUAGACUAUCGACUAUACAGAAAUCAGACUUUAUAGUUGUGAUUGGAAAUGGGAAAGUUGUAGAGCAAGGAUCACAUUCUGAACUGCUUUCAAUGGGGAAUCAAGGUUCCUACCACUCUCUUAUAAAGUUGCAACACUUGUAAGCACUUAUCUAAGUGUUUUUGUUUGAAAAUGUAAAUCAUAUUUAAUGAUAUAUAUUUUCUAUCAAGUGGUAAUCACCUUAUAGGCUUAUACUAUACAUUUGUUUGGUGUGCGUUGAAGAUAAAAAAGAUUAUGUCAAU